AUGGCAGACUCGACAAGCAGAUCGGCCGAUAGCAGAUCGCCCCUCCAUGCUAGCAAGAACAGCAAAGUGAUCCGAGCCCAGCGCAUCGUCCCGACCAGCAGCAUCGGCAACGGCCAGCACGUCGUCGACCCCGAGACCUCGGACGGAUCUAUUGAGCGCAGCCCGCUCCCCCGGAGCCACACGCCGGGACACCUAUCGGCCAAGAGCGGCAGCGGUUCGCACGAGGCAGGAGCGGCGGCAGCAGCGGCCGCUCGCCGCGUACCCUCGGACCUAUCUGUACGUCAGAGGUCACAGUCGGCCACGGUGGCGGGGGCCUCACCGCGCACCUCGUCCGCGAGACCGGGGACGUCUUCCAACAGCCACGGCGGCGGCGGAAGCAGCAAGUCCAAGCCGCGUCGUGGGGCGACGGUCAACGGCUACCAGCAGCUGGACAACGAAUAUGACGGAGGCAGCGGCGGCGUGGACGAGAAGCUAGCCAGCUACGGGAGGAGAACGGUGGCGGCGACGCGGUCGACAUCAACCACAGCAGGCGGCGGUGGCGGCGGUGGGCAUGCGUCCACCUCGUCUUCUGGGUGGCUGGCAUCGACAUCGGCACCGGGGGCGUCGUCAACGGCGGUGGCGACGACGACGUCACGAACGCCGACGAGCACCUCGCAACCGCCGCGGGGACAGCACACGGCGUUCCCGCCGCUCCAGAAGCCAGGAGACGCGCCCGACGUGCCGCAAGCUCCCGCGUCGGGCAUGUACUGGUCCCGGGCGCCCACAUCGGGGGUUCCGGUGCCGUGUCUGCGGGCGCACGCCACGGCGGCCAUCGGGUCGAGCAUCUACGUGUUUGGCGGGUGCGACGCCCGGGCGUGCUUCAACGAUCUCUACGUGCUGGACGCCGACACGUUCCACUGGUCGCGGCCGCACGUGGUGGGCGAGGUGCCGACGCCGCUGCGGGCCAUGACGUGCACGGCCGUGGGGCGCCGGCUGGUCAUGUUCGGCGGCGGCGACGGGCCGGCCUACUACAACGACGUGCACGUGCUCGACACGGCCAACUUCCGAUGGACGCGGCCGCGCAUAGUGGGCGACAGGGUGCCGCCGAAGCGGCGGGCGCACACGGCGUGCCUGUACCGCAGCGGCAUCUACGUUUUUGGCGGCGGCGACGGCGUGCGCGCCCUCAACGACGUGUGGCGCCUCGACGUCAGCGACAUGACCAAGAUGUCUUGGAAGCUUGUGUCGGCCCCCGACACGCCGGCCGCCGCCGCCGCCGCCGUCGGCACCCCCGCCUCGCGCCGGCUCAAGCCCCGCGCUCGCGGCUACCACACCGCCAACAUGGUCGGCAGCAAGCUCAUCAUCUACGGCGGCUCCGACGGCGCCGAGUGCUUCGACGACGUCUGGGUCUAUGACGUCGACGACCACACCUGGCGCCACGUCGACGUGCCCGACCGCUACGGCCGCCUCUCCCACACCGCCACCAUCGUCGGCUCCUACCUGUUCGUCGUCGGCGGCCACGACGGCAAGGAUUACGUCGACGACAUCCUCCUCCUCAACCUCGUCACCAUGACCUGGGAUCGCCGGAAGGCCUACGGACGCCCCCCCUCGGGCAGGGGCUAUCACUCCGCCUUGCUGUACGAUAGUCGGCUGGUCAUCAUCGGCGGCUUUGAUGGCACCGAUGUCUUUAGGGAUGUCAUGAUCCUUGAACUUGCUGUUCAUGCCUAUUAUUCUCAAAUUAGUCACUUUACCAUUGAAGUGUGA